CUUCCAGCCCGGCGCUCUGUGCACCGCCGCCCACAGCGGGCAGAGAGGGCGGCUCCCUCCGACAGCGCCGCUGCCGCUCCCGUCACCCGCCGGGACCGAGCUCCGCCCGCACCAUGGAGCCGCAGCUGCCCUUCCGCGGCCGCCGGGCGCUGGUCACCGGGGCCGGCAAAGGGAUCGGCCGCGCCGUGGCCGUGGCGCUGAGCCGCGCCGGGGCCCGAGUAACCGCGCUGAGCCGCACGGCGGCGGAUCUGGAGAGCCUGGCCGGGGAGUGCCCGGGCAUCGAGCCGCUGUGCGUGGACCUGGCUGACUGGGCUGCCACCGAGGCAGCGGUGGGUGCAGCGGGGCCCUUCGAGCUGCUGGUGAACAACGCGGCUGUGGCCGUGCUUCAGCCCUUCCUGGAGGUGUCGCAGGAGGCCCUGGACCGGUCUUUUGAUGUGAAUUUUCGGGCUGUGCUUCACGUUUCCCAGAUUGUUGCUCGGCAGAUGAUUGCGCAGGGGCUGCCAGGUGCUAUUGUGAAUGUCUCUAGCCAAGCAUCUCAGCGCGCUCUGCGGGAUCACGCUGUUUACUGUUCCACAAAAAGUGCUUUGGAUAUGCUGACCAAAGUAAUGGCAAUGGAAUUGGGACCCCACAAGAUCAGGGUGAACACUGUGAACCCCACCGUAGUUAUGACCAACAUGGGGAGAAUUAACUGGAGUGAUCCUCAGAAAUCUGCUGCCAUGAUUAAUCGGAUUCCACUGGGAAAGUUUGCAGAGGUGGAUGAUGUGGUGAACAGCAUUCUCUUCCUGCUGAGUGAUCAGAGUGCUAUGACAACGGGCAGCUCCCUGAUGGUUGACGGGGGGUUUCUUGUCUCCUAAGAGGACACCUGCAUUCCACACUUGGCCUUCAUUUUCCUACUAGAUCUGCAGAGCUCUAAACUAGACAGAAAACAAUGACACAGACCCAGUCUUGCUAGAGAAGAGGGGCAGCGGAGCUGGAACCUCUAUGAGAAGUGAGGCAGAAAAUUACCUUUAGCAGGCUGCUGUAGAAUAAAGCUCAGAUACACCGUCAUGG